GGGAGGGGGGAGGGGACGGGACGGCUCCCAAUGACGAGGCGGCUCCCGUCGUUCACUUAGAGCCGGUUCGUUCGCGACCGACACAUCGCUACAUGCUUCACUAGGAAGAACUUUAUUUUGAGAGACUGUCCCGGAAGCAGCCCGUCUCAUCUCAAACCUGGAUCUGCACCAUGUCAGCGCUUCUAGUCCUCCUGGUCCUCCUGCUGCUCUGGGUCUUCUGCAGAAGGAAGAGAAGACCCGGCGAGCCUCCUCUGGUCAGCAGCUGGGUUCCUUUUAUUGGGAAAGCUCUGGAGUUUAGAAAAGAUGCUCACAAGUUUCUAGAAGAACAGAGAAGGAAGUACGGAGAUGUUUUUACAGUCCUGAUAGCAGGUAAAUACAUGACCUUCAUCAUGGAUCCGUUGCUGUAUCCCAACAUCAUCAAACACGGCCGGCAGCUCGACUUCCACAAAUUCACCCAGGAGGUGGUUCCUUCUACCUUCGGAUACCCCCCUGUCCGGGACGAGGUGUAUCCUGGUCUGUGGGACCAGAUCAGACGCUCCUUCCAGCUUCUUCAGGGGGACAACCUCUCACCCCUCACAGAGAGCAUGAUGGGUAACCUGAUGCUGGUGUUUCGUCAGGACCACUUCGACCAGGAUGGAGGCUGGAAGACCAACAGCAUGUAUGAGUUUUGUUCCUCAGCCAUGUUUGAGGCCACCUUCUUGACCAUCUACGGGAAACCAGAAACCGGCAGUCGCCACGUGGAGAUGGAGAAGCUGAGGGAAGACUUUGUGAAAUUUGACAAUGUCUUCCCACUUCUUAUUGCUCAGAUACCGAUAUGGUUGUUAGGGCAGACCAAGGCCAUCCGUGAGAAGCUGAUCAGUUACUUUCUACCGCAGCAGAUGUCUCGUUGGUCCAACAUGUCCCAGUUCAUCAGGAGACGAUCCGAACUGUUCAACCAACAAGGCCAGCUGAAGGACGUUCACAAAGCAGCUCAUCACUUUGCCAUCCUGUGGGCUUCAGUAAGCAACACCAUUCCAGCCACCUUCUGGGCAGCAUACUACCUGGUGAAGCACCCUGAGGCCCUGCAGGUGGUCCGUCAGCAGAUCCUGGAUGUCCUUAGAGACGGUGGUGUGGAGUUCAGCCCCAACAGAGACACGAUGCUCAGCAGAGACCAGCUGGACAAACUCGUCUUUCUGGAGAGCUCCAUCAACGAGAGCCUCCGCCUGUCCUCAAGCUCCAUGAACAUUCGGGUGGCCCAGGAGGACUUUGCUCUGCGUCUGGAUGCCAAGCGCUCUGUGGAUGUCAGGAAGGGGGACAUCAUUGCCUUGUACCCUCAGAGUAUGCAUCUGGACCCUGAGAUCUAUGAGGACCCACAGACCUUUCACUUCAGCCGCUUCGUACAGGACAGCAGAGGGAAGACGGACUUCUACAAGAACGGGCAGAAGCUUAAGUACUACCUAAUGCCAUUUGGUUCUGGUUCCACCAUUUGUCCUGGUCGCUUCUUCGCCAUGAACGAAAUCAAACAGUUUGUGUGUCUGCUGCUGCUCUACUUCGAUCUGCAGCUGGAGGACGAGCAUAAACAUCCCUCGCUAGUCUCCAACCGAGCCGGACUGGGAAUUCUGCAGCCCUCUACGGAUGUUGUCCUCCGCUACAGACGGAGAGCCCAGUGAGUUGGAGCAGCUGCAGGAAGCUCCUGAUGGACCUUCACCUGUUGCCUUCAAACCCGAACCUACGUCUUCAGCUCAGUGUGCAGGGACGGUCUUCUGAAGGAGGACAGACUCUUAGAUCCAGAUCUGUUCCUCCUCACAGUGCCUCAAAAGGCGUGUUUCCACUGUCGGAACUUCAGGGUCAUUUCUGGAAGGGAAAACUCAUCAGAAGAUACGAUGACCUGGUCCUCUCAGCUGUUGUCUCCAUGCAAAUUCAUUCAUGUCAGCUUCUGCUUCGUUAGUGAGUGAAGUCACCGAUCAGGCCCAAAAAGCAGAACUGAACUGAUCCUGAGAACCUGUGGGCAGAAGUAACGCCCUCUUUCACUGGGCAACAAGUCCCCGUCGCCAUGGGAACUCCGUUGCCUUUUGGCUGUUGGGAUUUAACAACAGUGAUCCUAAUGUUGCUCGUGCUUCAUUCUGCUUCAUCAGCAGCCUCUUUAGUUUUACUAGUAGUGAGCCUAAAGCUCCUCCCCCUCUGCGCCGCUCAUGGGUCCAGAGCUGUUUUCUCACCCUCCUCGCCUCACCCUGAAUCACACGGAUGAUCUACUUCAGUUCGGAUGAUUAAUAACGUCUGUCACGUACUUUAAGAUUUAUUAGCUUGUAAAUGUCAAAUAAAACGACUACGUCAUGUAUGACAUCACAGCAGAACCUCCUCCCCCAGCGUAGCUGCUACUGACCACAUGACCAUAUUAAUGGGGGCUUUCUCCACCUUAAAUGCUCCUUCUGACAUCAUGAAGACGGAUGUUCAGGCACUCCGCUGGCUCUUGAAAACGACUCGUUCAGCCAGCCUGAAGUGGAGAUGUGCACACCAUGAGGUUCCAGUAAAAUGACCCUGAAGUUCUGAUAGUGGAAACACGCCUAACAAUGACUUCAACCACCCCUCAUGUCCACCGAUUCACUUCAGUUUUAAUUAUAAAGCGCCAAGUCACAACCAGAGUCAUCUCAAGGACCUUCACACAGUAAACUUCCAAUACAGGUCAGGUCAUUAAGCCAGUCAGUAAAAAGUUUCCUAUAGAAGGAACCCAGCAGGUUGCAUCAAGUCACUGACUAGUGCCAGCGUCUUUACAGCAAUCCUCAUACUAAGCAAGCAUGCAGUGACAGUGGAGAGGAAAGCUUCCUUUUAACAGGAAGAAACCUUCAACAGAACCCUGUCCACUUUGAUGUUCCUGACUGUAGCCCCUCCCCCUAAACUGAGUCAGCGAGAACGUAUGUUUGGUAGAACAGGAAUAUGAUAAAAGUACUUUACAGGUAAUAAAUCCACUGCGGCUGAUUAUUAUGAUUUAGACUCAAUAACAAACUAGCUGACAAAACCCAGGAAUGUUGUAUUUGUAUUGGAAUGUGAUUUUCUAUAAUAAAUUAUCUGUGUGUCCAUCUUUUUUAUCAGUAUCACUAAUAAAAACUAAAUUAUCUGUC